AUGGAACAUCAAUUAUUUAUCCACUGUGAAUCAUACCUCAUUAUCAUAUGCCGCCGGUGCAAGCACGCUGUGUGGCCAACCGAGAUUGAACGGCAUCUGAAAGGCAAGGCCCAUCAGCUAAAGCAUGCGGUGGUUCAGCAGAUAAAGGAGAACAUUGAACAGUGGGACAAUGUGGCUCGAGAUACUACACAGUUAACACUGCCCACAAUACUGAAUGAACCAAUCCCGGAACUACCCAUUCAUGAUGGCUACAGGUGCCAGCGGGAUCCCCAGUGCCAGUAUGUGGCAGGGAACAUGAACACCAUGCGCAAGCACUGGCAGAACAAGCACAGCUGGUCGCCAUAUCCCAGCCGUGGCCGUACAGCGCCACAAAAGCGUACGGCAGCACAGGAUGAGGUGGACAGAUCAUGCCAGAAGGUGCAGUUCCAGCAGGUAUUUGCAUCGCGCAAGGGCUCCCACUACAUACAGAUCCAGACUAAGGAGACUACUGAGCACACCGGCACGCCAGACCAGAACAGAGCCAGCCAUGUCAUUGAUGAGCUGGAGCGGUUUUACCGGGAACAGCAACGGCAGACCAGCAAUGUCAUCCAGGCCGGGGAGCACGAUGAAGCCAACCCAUGGCUGCGGCGGACCAGAUGGCCGGUGUACUAUCCAACAGGUGGGGGUGGAAUGGACGUCCAUUCCAUUCAGGGUUAG